GAAAACGUAGUCCGUUGUUUGUUUACGUCUUGUUCCUAAGCGUGGCGGCGAGUUUGAAAUCCGAAAAUGAGCACCGAGUUAUCUGGCAGUGAUUUAGACCUAAAAGUUGAAAUAUUGAAGAAAAAGUAUUUAGAGAGGAGAAAUCGGGUUUCUGCCACCGAAGAGGCCCGAGUGAGUGAAAAAAGUGGAAGUGUACAAAAACCUGCAGAGUGUUGCGCGGCCACAGGCAGAGAGGAAGUGAAAACAUCAUGCAGGGAGAUGAGAAACUACAGCCGAGCACUUGAGGAGCUUUUCCAUGCCGUCUCAGAUCGAUCUGAAUGGCUCUUCCGUGAUGAGUGCGUUUUGAGCAGUGAAGAUGAGCUCAGUGACCAAACAGAUGCCCUGGGCCAUACCAACAUCCUGUGUACUGAGACUGAUGUGACGCUGCCCUCGAACAUAGUGUGCACUUCCAGUUCAUUUGAGACUGAGCCAGUGGUGUUCAGCAGAGCAGAGGGGCUGAGGAGCUCGGCGCCUAUUGAACAAGUGUACCACGAGAUGAUUCAGAUUUAUAAAAAACUGCAAGUGCAAGCGGCUGAGCUGUGUAAGGCUGAACAUGCGCUCCAGCAGAGAGAGAAGUUUCUCCUGAAGCACCAGAGCACUGUAAACAGACUUCUCCAUGUGGAGGAAGAUGUAUUAGAUUGUAUUAAUGCCAUGCAGCAGCAACACCAGCAGGAGAUGGAGAGUCUCAGGGCUGCACUCAGAGAAAAGACCAAAGAGAACAAAAGGAUUAAAUCUAGUUUGGAUUCCAUCAAGGAACUAAAUAACACAAUGAAAAAACAGCUGAAUGAAGUAUGUGAGCAGAACACGAAGCUGGAGAGGCAAUCACGGAAAGUUCAAGCUCGACUAGAAAACCUACAGAGGAAGUACGAGUACUCAGUAAAGCACCGAGGAUGGGAAAACAUGCUGAAGUCACGUGAUCUCAAACCCUUCAAUCAGGACAAACCUCCACCUCCCCACAAAGCUUGCAAGAGCACUUCCAGUUCUACAGCAGUGAGGCUGCUCUCGUAUAUGAUGGACUGGAUCGUGGAUGGCCCGCCUCUUUCCUCUGAAGACGUGAAAACAGAGAGAGAGUUUGACCCAUAUGGGGUUCCACAUCCCUCCCUGCAUGAACGCUGUGCCAAGAUUCUUCCUAUUUUGCUCGAGCAGUUUGAGCAAGCCGAGGCAUUUCUUCAUUCACCGCUCCUGCGCUUCAUCUACUGCACCCUCACACAGCUGGAGCACAGCACACAGCACCUCCCUUUGACCUCAACAUUGAGGAGAUUAGGAGAGGAAGUGAACCGAAAAUCUCCCCCACUUUUCAGGAGCUCCUGCCCUCACACUCGCUUUUUAUCCUCCAUCAUUGUCCUCAAAACACUCAGUCAGGCGGACAUCUUGGCGCAGGCCCUAGAUGUUUUGCACGGCAUUGUGGGAGAGGAUGAGGGACGUGGCCUCUUCCUGAAGUACAAGGCCUUGAUGGCCAUUUUAGCUCUGCUGAGGACAGGAAGUCCGGGAUUGCUUGCUCCUUCACUGGAUAUCCUGCUUCAGAUGAGUGCCGAGUCCCGUCAUCUUCCUGGCUUCCUGGAAGUGUGUAGCACAGAUCAGUUCUUCCGCUGUGCUGCUGUACUUCUCCGAAACCCACGGCUGGACCUUGCUGUCGCAGAGAAGCUCAGCAUUCUCCUCCAGAAGCUCUCCUGCAUCAGAAAGAACCGGCGUCUGUUUGAAGCAUCCUCAUUACACCUGCUUCUACAGGAAACUCGGCGCUCAGCCAAUCCAUCUCGAGCCUUCCUCAACAUCAACUUGAGCUCCAUCCUGUUUAAUCUGGGCGUGGCCUCACGUUCCUGACACGCCUAACAUCUGGACAGGAACAAAUACAGUCCUAAAAACCAUGGUUAUCUGUAUUCAGUCAUGCUAUUCUUUGUAUUGUGAUUUUUAUUGUUUAGUAGUCAGUUCAUCAUAAUACAGUACUUUGUAACUGAAUACCUAAAUUAUUCUGUCUUAUUUGAUUUUAUUGUGGUAAUUUAUUAGAAUUUUGGGAGAAAAAAAAACUUUAUUAAAUAUCUCUCACCCCCCCCCCCCCCC